AGGAGGACUGAGGCGGAAUGGGGGAGAGAAAAGGAACCAACAAGUAUUACCCUCCAGAUUUUGAUCCCGCCAAACAUGGCUCCCUCAAUCGCUAUCGGAACAGUCACCCCCUGCGGGAACGGGCCCGGAAGCUGUCUCAGGGCAUCCUUAUCAUCAGGUUUGAAAUGCCUUAUAACAUCUGGUGUGACGGCUGCAAGAAUCACAUAGGAAUGGGUGUGCGAUACAAUGCAGAGAAGAAGAAAGUGGGCAACUACUACACAACCCCCAUAUACAGGUUUAGGAUGAAGUGUCACUUGUGUGUGAAUUACAUUGAGAUGCAGACGGAUCCGGCUUCUUGUGAUUAUGUCAUUGUGAGCGGAGCGCAGAGGAAGGAGGAGCGAUGGGACAUGAGUGAGAACGAGCAAAUCCUUACAACAGAACAUGAACAGAAGCAGAAACUGGAGACGGACUCUAUGUACCGGCUGGAACACGGCGCUGCCGAUAAAGAGAAGCUGCAGAAGGCCAUACCCACACUGUCCGAACUGCAGGAAGUACAGGGCGCCUGGAAGGAUGACUUUGCCCUCAACAGCCUUCUGCGCAGCAAGUUUAGAGAGGAGAAAAAGCAGAUCCGAGAGGAGGAACAGAAGGAUCAGGCGCUCCUGAAGAAGACGUCCUUAGAUCUGAAGCUCCUUCCAGAGACGGAGGAGGAUAAGAGGAUUGCAUCAUUACUAAAGUACCACAGCCUGGAGUCAUAUGAUGAGCGUCAGCAGAAGAAGCGCUCUGAGAUUUCCAGCCGCCCUUGGUUCUCUCGCGGAAGCGACGGGAAGAUCCAGACAACGAACAACUCCUUAAAGAAUCUCCGGAUCCGACCUAAACCUCCAUCCAGCCCCGUGGCGCCUGCGUUAAAGCUCGUUGUUGUACGGAGGGAAGCGAAGGACGGGAGCGAUAAGGAGAAGAGCCCACCUGGAAGUGGACAGGAGACGGCAGAGGAGACAGAUGGGAAGCGGCGGGAGAGCAGUGAACUGAUACGGCCGGAGAGCAAGAGCGCCGCUCUACAGACUGUCAGUAACACCGACACCUCCCCUGAGGACACCCCCCCCAAACAGCCGGCUGCUUCCUCCUGCCUUGUACCUGAUUACUCUGAUUCCAGCUCUGAGUCCGAGUCAUAA